AUGUUUGUGCUCAUGUCAAAGAAAGCUGCCGCCGCGAGAGCUCUUCCUCCACCGACAAACUCAGCGGCUCAAUCUUCAUCACGCACACAGAACGCCUGCGAUCCAUGUAGGAUCCGGAAGUCCAAAUGUGACGGUCACGUACCGUGUGGCCGAUGUCGAACAAAGCAAAUAGUUUGCACUUCCUCUCGCCGCUUCGCCAAGGCUUCAGGUCCCAUCACUGAAGAGCACGUGGCUAUUCUGCAGGAGCAGCAGAGGAGGCUGACCCGCGCCAUCUCUAACAUGGCGGACAUCAUUAAGCAGGCAGCGUCUCACGGCUUUUCGGGGUUGGGGGACAUGUCUACGAGCCUUACAGGCUCGGAACUCUCUCCUUUUGAGCUCGCAGAAAUAUUGCAACGGUUCGCGCCGGAUAGCCAAAUGCCUGAGACUGCGACCUCACCUGUGGUCGGGUCCCAUUUGCCAUUAAAGAAGCGGAGGUUUCAUGAAAACGCGCUUCCAAAGCAACAAGUGUUAGAUGUCCAGAUGGAAGUUGGGGACGCCACACAAACCAACGACCAGGGGCUCGAGCCGUUUCAGAAGUUCUUGACGACGGUACAGCAGCACAAUGGCAACGGUCUGAAUCCGACUGCUAGUAACUUUCAGCCUUCUCUCCCAGCCUUCGAAGCACAGCAACUGCAAGCAUUGCCGACGACCGACUGGCAAAAAAUGUCUUUUGCUGAACCCAUGGGUGAUCCGAGCUUCGAUAUCCACCCACAGCUUGCACCUUUUGUCGACAUGGUCGACUGGGACGCCAGUCUAGAGCACUUUCUCAACAGCCAGUGCAGUGAAGCCAACCCCGACUGGGCCACGAUAAAUCCGGACCUCGGUCUGCAGAACGGCGCAUCACGAUGA